AUGGUAGCUAAUCUGCAAGGGGUUAAUAGGGUCAUGAAAGUGAUUGCUGCUCAUUUAGAUGACCUUAAAAGUGUGUCACCAUGGGGUGCACCGGUAUUGUUUGUGAAGAAGAAGGAUGGAUCACUCAGGCUAUGUAUUAAUUACCAACAACUUAAUAAGGUAACGAUAAAGAAUAAGUAUCCACUUCCUCGUGUUGAUGACUUAUUUGAUCAGUUGCAAGGAACACAGUGUUUUUCCAAGAUUGAUCUACAUCCUGGUCAUCACCAACUCAAGAUUAAGCAGGAAGAUGUGCCUAAGACUGCAUUCUAUACUAGGUACAGACAUGAUGAGUUUUUGGUUAUGUCCUUUGAAAUUACGAACGCCUUGACAGCUUUUAUGGACAUGAUGAAUUGGGUGUUCAAAUCGUAUUUAAACGAUUUUGUGGUGGUAUUCAUUGAUGACAUUUUGGUAUACUCAAGGAGUAAGGAGGAACAUGAACAUCUUAGGAUUGUGUUCUAG